CGGCCGUAAGCUCGCGCUGCGCUGUCCUUGAGUGCCAGUCCUUCAAAAACAGAGACCGCGUGGCCCGCCGCUUAGAGCUUUCCCCGUUGCUGCCUCUAACCAUGAAGCUUGCGUGUCUCCUGGUUUUCGCGGCCGGCGCCGCCGCGCGCAGCAUACACCAGUGCGGCGAGGCGAGCACCUUACGCCAGCUACACGUCAUGUUUCGCCAUGGAGACCGCACACCAACAUCGUUGUAUCCCAAUGAUCCAAACUCGCCCAGUGAUUUUCCAGAAGGCCUUGGUCACAUAACCCACAAAGGCAAGAACGACCAGUACAACUUGGGAAAAUAUCUGAGGACAAAGUACGAAGACUUUUUGACGUACGAUCCCAAUGAAAUGCGAGCAAGAAGCUCUGGCCGAGAGCGGUGCCUGGAGAGCAUCCAGACCAACCUGUACGGCCUCUAUCCACCGCGGGACAAGAAAGUUUGGAACAGCGAAGUUGACUGGCAACCUGUACCCAUACAAACAAUGCCCGUUGACUUGGAUGGCAUGCUGUACGAAGAUGCAAUAUGCCCCGCCGAUGACGAGGAGCUGGACCGAAUCCGUGAGUCACCGGAAGGCGCUGAGGUGCUGAAGAGCAAUGCGAACUUGAUGAGGACGUUGCAGCAGCUCUCUGGCAAGAAAAUGACGGACUGGGUCAGCGUGCGGGAUCUGCUGGACACUCUGACAAUCGAGAGGAGUCGCAACUUCAAGAUUCCAGACUGGGCGCUGCCACUUUGGGGCAACAUGACUAGGGUAGCGAAAUACACGACCAUACUGAAUUACAACAGCACUCUGCAUAAUAGACUGCGAGCUGGUCUGAUGAUCCGAGAAAUCCUGCGGCACUCUGACGACGUCAUAAAUGGAAACUCGAACGUGAAGUUGUACAUGUACGCUGCGCACGACGUCCUGAUCGCCGCAUUCACGUCCGCAUUCGGAGUGUUCAACCAGCUGGCGGUGCCGUCAUCGACAGCGGUCAUCACCGAACUGCAUGAAGACGCCGACGGCAACUUCUACAUCCAGAUGCUCUUCAAGAACGACACAACGCGCAAGCCUUACAGGCUCGAGAUCCCCGGCUGCGAAGGGUUCCGCUGCAACCUGAAAACCUUUAAGGCAAUCGCCAAGCCUUACGCCGUUGAGGACUGGCGCCAGGAGUGCGGCCUCGAACCGCUACCCGGCGGCAUCAACCUGUUCCCUUGAAGAUGAUUGUACUAUAGUAGACCGCCUUGAUGUCGGUGGCACGGUCGAAUUACAUUAAUUAAAGCAGCUAUCCGGUUGCUGAGGUCCAUAAAGCCUUUGCGAAGGCUAUUUUUUUUCACU